AUGGACAGUGUAGUGUCAGCAAGACAGAGCUGUGAACUUUCCUCAGAAUCAAAUCCGCUGCGACACACCCAGGACGACGAUAUCGAUGGCGAGGCCCAGAGAGACCUGGCGCCCGACGCGGUGCUCCUGGUGGAGGCGGAGUCUUUCCUCGUAAACCGAAAACGUCUGGCGGAGCUGAGCCCGUACUUCCGCGCCCUGUUUUACGGAGGAGGUCGGGAGAGCGGCAGGCGACACAUCGAGAUCAAAGGGGUGGGUUUGGAGCAGUUCAGAAUCCUCAUGGAUUACGCCCAGACAUCCAAGCUGCCUCUGCAUCAGCAGAACGUUCUGGAGAUCCUGGAGGCCGCGGACUUUCUCCAGCUGGAGAGGGCGAGGCUCUUGUGCUGUAAGUUUCUGGAGCGGGAGCUGCACCUGAGUAACUGUCUGGGCAUGAUGGCCUUCGCCUGGCAGCUGGGCUGUUUGGAACUCUACUCCGCCGCUCGCGAGGUGGCACUCACCCAUCUGCCUGCCGUCGCCUCUGAGGAAGACUUCCUGCACCUCCCCAAGGAGAGCGUUGCAGACCUUCUAGCCAGCGAUGACCUUUGCGUGCCUAAGGAGGACCUAGCUUUUGAGGUGACCUUACGUUGGGCGACUUUUGACCCCAGCAGGGAAGAGGACUUUCUCGAGCUGAUGGGCCUGGUGCGGCCCGAGUGCCUCUCCCUACCCUACAUCACAGGGCUUCUGAGCAGCAUCAAAUCUUCUGACCCGCGGGCCAAGCUCAUAUGCAAGCUGAACGACCGCCUUCCCGGCAGUUGGAGAGCUGGCAGGUCCAUUCCUCGGAACAGGUCCAGAGAGACCCUGUUUGUGCUGGGUGGUCCACAUGACCAGGAUAAGCAGUCGUUGUACCAGUUCCACCCUCGUAGCGGAAGAUGGCAGUCCUGCCCUCCCUUCCAGAGGAAAUGCCUCACACAGUUCUCUGUGGCAGCUGUAGGAGACAACGUGGUGGUGACGGGAGGAUACUUCCGGGACGAGGUGGUGUGGUACAGCGUGGACUGGGUUCGGAUCUACCAGUGUGGGAACGAACGUUGGGUGGACGGCCCAGCGCUGCAGAAGUCCAGACACAGCCACUGUUCGGUGGGACUGGAGCCUCAGCUGUUUGUACUGGGAGGCAGCAUGGAUGAGGGACUGGUGGCUGACGUGGAGAGACUGGUUCUGGGAUCAGAGGAGUGGGAGAGCGUCAGCCCCAUGGUCCGGGCCGUGGAGCGGGCAGCUGUGGUCGCCAUGGGCGCCUGCGUUUAUGUGGCGUGCGGUCUGGAUGAAAACGGGGAGGUGUACGCUGGGAUUCAACGAUACAGACUCAAAACUGACCAAUGGGAUGUGGUCUCCUACUCUCCACACCCACGAUAUGAUCUUCUGGCUACAGAGCUGAACGGCGCCCUCUAUCUGUUUGGAGGACAAGCGAUGCGUCUGGACGUCGACACAGAUGAAUGGACAGAUCUGGAAGAGGAGUGCCUUGACAGGAAGUUUUUCUCAGGCUGUGCCACCGUGAAUGGACAGAUCUACCUCAUGGGAGAGAGAAAGAUAAACAAGUCCAUUCCCAACAUGGUGUUGCUGGACCCCUACAUUGACACAUGUUUAGAGACAGAUGACGCAAUCCCUUGCCCUGUUCCAAUCAGAGGCUGUGUCACCGUUCGCAUGGCCUGGUGA